CAUAGAUUGCGCAUUUUCCUGAUCGUCCUGCAUCUAACACUAGUUUAACCCAGCUACGAUAUCCUUGAACACUUUAUUACAAUCAGCGAAGGCUCUUUUAAUAAAAAAUCAGAAAGAAACCAAACAUUAAUAAAAAAAAAAGGGGGGGUUAUCUUCAUUACGAUGGCGGAUGUUCGAUCGUUACUUCGGAAUGAACUGGCUUCUCGCAAGGGCUCAAAUCAGACCACAAGAGCAGCAACCACAACAACAAACCGUGUCACCAAGAAGCGCAAGGUAGAUCCCGAAGAUGACUUGACGCGCAAGAAAAUGAGACACGCGAUCGCAAACGCGGAUCCGCAGUCAGCAAAUAUUCGUACUGUACAGCCACCGAGUGCCCAGUCCCUAGACGAAGACAUUGAACUCUCAGAGCGGGAUACUGCUGGCCCAGAACCACUAUCAGAAGAAGAAGCCGAACAGCUUCCCGCCCAACCUAGUGCACAACCAUCCGAGGCAGCAGCGGCAUCGAAUAACAUGACUCAGAAUCCUAAGACUAUUGAUGAAGACGAAUGGGCUGCUUUUGAGCGUGAAGUAGCAGCCCCAACUAGGGCACCACAGGCGCCUGCUGCAGUUGCCGCACAGGCGACGAUAUCAGCGGCACCUAUUUCCGCUGAGCAGCUGGCAGCACAACAAGAGAAAGAAAAUGACACAAUAGCCCGUGGCCGUGAGGCCGAGGCCGAAGGUGAACGCGAAGACGCAGCCCGCUUCUUAGAAGACGAGUUCGACGAGAUGGAGCAAUUAGAGGAGCGGGUUAGACGGCUGAAACACAAACGUGAGGAGCUAAGAAGUAUGAGGGCCACAGGGGUCAAAGAAGAUGAUUUGAUGGAUGAUCCGGCUUCUGCUGCCACAGUGUCAAAAGACCAUGAAAAGGGCCAGGAUGACGAAGAAAAUAACGACGACGACGAUGACGAUGACGAUGACGAUGAUGACUGGGAUAAUUGGAGAUUCAGGUAACAGACUGGAAAUGAAUCAAACGGGAAAACGGGAAAGGUGGCAUUUCUUACAAAGGGAGGUCCCGAACUUUUCAUAAUUACAUUGAUACCCCAUGAGCUAUACGAAGUCGCACAAAAGUGUUCUCUAAUGUGUCAACAUACAUGACUGGAUUCCAAGGCCGGCGUCCUGGCUUUUCUG